AUGUGCGCUAAGCCUUGCAUCAUCCGCGUCCACUACAAGACAGCCAAGAACCUGGAGCCCUUCCCCUUCUCGGAUCUCAAGAACACCUAUAUCACGAUCGCCGAAGUCCAGGGAUCCGAGGUCAUCCCAAAUGACAGAGAUUGUCUUUACACCUUUAUCGCAGCAGUCUCGCUGAAAGACAAUAGAAUCAGGACAUAUUCGUUCCUCGGGCAGCAGAUCAUGCCGUGGCCUGUCCAUGAUGCCUCAGAGAAGAAGUGGAGUCUCGAAGAUAAGGUGGACGGGGACUACAUGCUCUUCUAUUGUGAGGCUGGUGAUGCAGUUCCAGAUUUUGGAACUGAAGAGGUUGUUGUUCUUCCAGAGGAAAACCCAAAUCUAGCCUUUGUCAACGAUGCCCUGCAGCAGGACAUCAAUAAGCGAAGGGAGGCGAAGAGAGUUCAGAGGGAGAAGGAGGAGCGAGACCGGGAGCAGGAUAAGUAG